AUGAAGUGCUUCAUCGUGCUCGCCAUUACCACCCUCAUUGGCAGUAUGCUGGCUGCGCCCCCUGACCACAAUAUCAUGACCGGCCUCGAGUCUUCCCAGGCGCACGUCACCGGACUGGCCAGCAAUGUUAAGCCACAUGUCGACUCCGAUGGUGGCAGUGAAUCUACAGGAUGGCCGGGAGUGUACAAGCGACCUGGUUGUACGGCAAGUGGCAGUGAGACCUGCGAGCCAUGGUGUUCAAACUACAAGGCCAGUCAAACCCUCUGA